AUGCCUAGAAAGAGACAAAGAUGCGUGAGCGACGAGCAAAUCAAACAACCCGGAACACGUUUACCUAGCAUGAGCACCAAAGGAAGGACAAUAUCCUUGGUGGAAGAUGAUGAUAAAGAGCAUGAAGCAGUGCAGUCUUUUGCAAGGAUUGAUGGUGAGAGCAGAGACAGUGCGGAACGAGACUUUGAACCGAAAAGAAUGUUCUACGUUUUAUACCUCUUCCUCAAGCUGCGCAUCGUUGAUACAGAAGACAUCGAUGAGGAUAGAGAAGGCUACAAGAACUCAGGCAGUGCGCAAGAGUUGGCGCUCAAUGGUGGUGAGAAGAAAGCAAGAGAUGUUCAUCGCAAAGCAGUGAUAUGUUGUGAUCGUGGCCCGGGAGCAACCAAGGAAGCGCUCUUGUCCCUCCGACUCGACUCUCCUCCAGGAUUAAGGAACUUUCAAAGCGAAGUUCGGAACGGAAACAGCAUUCAAGGCACGCCCUUGACCGAAGAGCACAAUGAAUCUCGGUUACGAGAUAGUAUAGAUCAUCGGGAGACAACCAGAUAUAGCCUCCCCGCGACAAUACGAUCGCCACAAGGCCUUGCCCGCCUUCCGCUUCAGGCUAACAUUGCGUUUCUCACAACUGCAAAGCGUGAUUACGCAAUGUCGAGUGUCAAUGAACGAGAAUGGUCCGUGGAGCGUAUUAUGAUUGCUCAGUCUAGCAGCAAGACCGAGCAGUUAGCAGCGGGCAUUUCGUAG